AUGGUCUUUCCCUUGAUACCCAGCAGGUUAGUUGCACGAGACCUUGAGGAAAUCGAGCAGUGUCAGCCUGUUGCAGCUGGACCCUUUUUCCUUUUCCUUUCCCUGGUUAUAUUCCGGUCCCAGAGUCACACGGGCUAUCAAUUCCAACGGCGAAGGGAAAAUGGCCUUGGACCCUGCAACAUCCUUACAAGGCUGAUAUCUCUUUCCCUGGACGUACUCCGAACUUGUCUCCAUCCUCCCCAUCAGAUCUUCCAUCUUGCUUGUGCUGUUUGGGGCCGUAGACUGACAACUCCGGUGCUGAUUUCAAUUGCUAUUCAAUCCACCCCCUUUUUUUUCACUUCCCACCCAGCCCCCUUUACCGAUGCCAGCCAUGUCAUGAUAAUGUAUACACCCUGUGCUACUCUCACACCCACAUGGACGAAAGGAAAGAAUAAUUCUCCCUGCCCCUUGAAGCCUUUUCCCUUCUCGCUGUAUUCGCGACAUCUCUCGUAUUCCAUUCCUUCUUGGACCAGCCAAUGUCCUACUCUACUGUUUUUCCGUACCAGGUACAGAAGUACUACUACCACUACUGUACCGGCCGACAUACCGCCGUUCAGACCUGUUCAAAGGGAGGAAGAAAUAAAAGAAAACCGCAGCCAAAAAGGAAAUACAGCCCAGAUGAUAAAAAAAAAUCUUGCUGGAGGGAAAUUUUAUAUCGACACAAACUGCAGUUGA